GCCGGAUUGUGAGCUAGGGGUCAAAGUACUGUAUAUACAUUGGGGAAGAAGGUUUUCUGCCAUGGAUUCCGUUGGUAUGGACCUGCAGCUCAGCGACAGAGCUUACAGUGAGUACGGAGAGGACAGAAAAGUCGGGGAAGAGUCACAGCAGACCGCGACUGUCCGUAGCAAGACGUCAUCCGAUGAAACUGACAGCCCCACUACCUCCUUGUCCCUCGGGGAGGCCUAUGAGACCUCGACCGACCUGGCCACUAGUACAACAGUCCCAGUCAGUGACUCCCGGGUUCAGGAGCGGGCGUCCAGUAGCUCCACCAGCUCCACCUCCAGUAGUGACUCUAGAAUGGUGGGGACCUCUCUUUAUAUCCCAGAGUUCCUUACUCCAUCCAUAAGCUACGACAGAGCGUCCCCACAACAGCUGCUCGUAGCUCUCAUCGGCAGAGCCUUUGACCAACCUGACAAACUGGCCUCGCAGCUCCAGCAACUAGUCCCGAAACUGGCAAAUUCCGAGACGCCUGUUGCAAAGUUUACUCCGUUCACCGUCAAGAGAAAGACUCUGUGUCGGGGAUACUUUGACAGUUCGGAGCUGAAACAACACGACCUCAUAUGUCUGUGCUACAAUGCCUCAGAGGCUAGAAUCUUGCUCACUGGGCAAGACGGGUACUAUACGGCAUUGCUCAGACAAAUUGAAAUCCAAAUGGGUCCAAACAAGGUUGCUUUCCUGGUGUCAAACUACAGUUCUAACAGAGCAUCUAGCCAGCCGUCUCAACCUGAUGAUAGACCACAACCGUUGCUCCCCCCAGCCCUCAGGGAGCGUCUCAACCUACAACAGGCUCUGGUUGGCUACCUGGAGAGAGAGCAAGUGUUGGCCUGGGCCAAUGAGCCACUAGCUAGACACUCACACAGACUCUUGGAGUUAGCUCGUCUCGAGCCUAAUCCACAGGGGCUCUUCCGUAAUUGCUCAGUGAUGUGACGUUACGUAAGAUCAUUGCCAGUACCUUCUGCAAAGUUUAAAAAGCAUUAUAUCUUACUACUGACAAAUCGGUGUACAAAAAUUAUCGAAUAAAAACACUCUAAACGCUAGAUAUCCUCUUCUUCUCUCUCUUGUAACACAUCAGACCAGUGACCUACACAGAGAAGUAUUAUUUCCUGACAAUGUUGUGUGUGUGUGUUACUGACAGUCUAGAGGGUUUUGUAGAGCAGCGUUUAGUUCAGAGUCUUGAAGUAAGUCGGAGAGAGACACUCUUUCCUCUGGGUUCCUCUUCAGCAUCAGAUGUAGCAGUCGACGUACUAUUCCAUACUCCUAUAUUUAUUACAUCACACACAAAUCAAUGAAAGAAUGUCCACAUAGACACAUGCGCAUUACAACUGACAAUUGUAUAUUAUAUUAUAGCCACGCACAACAAAACUAAAAAAACACCCAAAAUCUUUCACUUUUGUUAUUUCUGUGAGUUUCUGGUCCUAAAAUACAAGUAUGACCCCACCUACAGAAUUUCACCAAUAAAACACACGUGGAUGCAAACUACAUUAUUACAGUUACUGUAUAUAGCAGCCAGAAAGGUUAGGUAGGAGAGCUAGUAUAUACUUGAGGGAUGUUGUUAUCAAUGAGCUC